UUUCACUAUAAAGGAUUUGAAAUCCACUGCAAUUAUAGUUUAAGAUUCGAUGUUAGCAACUUGGGUGUCGGUUUCCGAAAUACAUUGGUUUCUGUGAUUAGUGGCAUUCUGUUUGCAAGUGGGUGGUGGAUAAUUAUUGACGCUGCGGCCGGUUAUGAUCAGGAGACUUUGCCCCACCCUAAUUAUGCAAUUGGAUGUAUGGCAACGGUGGGGUUCAUACUACUCAACAUCCUUCCACAAGAAACGGAUAUCCUUUGUUUAUUCCUUAGCUCAUUUGUGCUGGUGUUCCUAGGCAUGCUGAUUAAUUUCGCCACCAUCAUCGCAGCUACGUGGGUCAUGUUCGCUUCCUACGUUGUCGGCAACAAGAAGCACGUUUGGCCUGGCGUUGCAAUUUUUCUGCAGAAUCUGUUUAUCUUCUCGGCUACCUUCGUUUUCCGGUUUGGUCGUUAUCAUGGGUCUACAUCCUUCUGA